AUGACAAUUAAAUGUUUUAAUCAUCAAAGAUCACUUGAAUUCAUUUGUUAUCAAUGUAAUAGUUUGUUUUGUUCAAAAUGUAUCAGUAGUCAUAACAGAGAGCAUCCUGAUCAUUCAAAUCAUUGGGAGCAUAUUGAUGACAUCAAAGAUUCAUUGAAUACAUUAAAAUUAGAUGAUAUUAUUGAUAGUGCAUAUUCAACAACAACAACAACGACAACCAAUAAUCAUGUUAACAAUAUUAAUAAUGACAGUACUAAUAAUGAAAGUUCCUAUAAUAAUGAUAAUACCAAGUUAAUUUCACAAAUCAAGAAUAAACUUAAAUCAAUAUGGGAAUCAUUAAGAUCAUCGACAUCUCGAUAUCAAUCAUUAACAACUACAGAGAAUGAUAUAAAACAACACUUUGAAGUAUUACAUCAAUAUCUAAUCACAGAAGAACAUAAACUACAAAGAGAUAUUAUCAAUGAUAAGGGUAUAAUUACAAAUCAAAUCGAUAGUAAUAUAAAUCAUUUGAAAUAUUUAAUAAAUAUUAUAAUGAUAUUUAAUAAAUUAAAUAAUAGUAAUAGUAAUAGUAAUAUUAAUAGAAAUAGUACAUGUAGUGAUAAUCAAUCAAUGUUACCAGAUACAACAUCAUUAUAUUCAACAGCAACAAUCAUUGAAUCAGUUAUAUCAAGUACAUCAUUACAAUCAUUCAUCAACGAUAAUAAUCAAACAUUAUUCAAUGAACAUCUUGAUAUCUUCAAUAUGGAUGAGCUUCUCAAACAACAUUCCGAUGAUUCAUCAUCAUUAUUAUUAGAUAUUAUUCAUAAAUAUAAUAAUCAAUUCAGUAAAUCAACAACAAUCACUGACAAUAAUGACAAUUCAUUAUCAUCAUAUAAACUAUCAAUUAAUAAACCUGAUUUCAAUCAAUUGAAUUCAAUCAUUAAGCAAUCAAUUAAUCUUGCGAAAAAAACAUCCAGCAACUACAAUAGAAAUGAACAAUCAUAUAUUUUCGUAACACACAAAUCAACAAAAGGAGCUACUCUGAUCAACACAUCUAACAACUAUUCAAUUGAAGAAUUACAGUUUGAUUAUGAUUUUUGGGGAACGUUCUCCUCGAUUGUUUCAAUUGGAGAAUAUGUCUAUAUAUUCGGUGGAUCUUAUUGUACUAGGAAAUGGAUUAAAAUAUCUAUACAGUCAAAAUCAGUAGAAUAUGAUUUUAUUGAAGAUAUCAUCAGAGGUGAUUCUAAUAUAUCUGUUUGUUAUGAUGGUCAAGAUCAUAUCUAUUUAGUUAAUGGUUGGAAUAUAGAUAAUAGAAUUGAUCGAUUCAACAUCAAGACAAAGAAAUUUGAAUCAUAUCAUCAAUUACCAGAAGGAUAUCUUACUCAAGUAUCCUCAAUGAUCUUCAAAGGUUCAUUAUAUUCAGUAUCAUUCAAUCAAAAUAAGAUAUUUCAAUUCGAUUUGACAAGUAGAACGAUAUCAGAUCAUCAAAUUGACAACAUUUUACCAUCCUCUGCAUGUCAUGAUAACAAUGGAAACUUCUUCAUAUUAGAUACAACACACAAACGAUUCAUCCAAUACAAUGUUGAAACCAAACAAACAAACGAUCUCAAUUCAAUUCCUCAUCUAGAGGGAACGUUAUCAUUUGUGAUGUAUCAUCGAGAAUCACCAACAUCAAGUUAUAUCUAUUCAUUCGGUUCAUCGAAUGAUUGUAAUUUCAAAUAUUCAAUUGAAUCCAAUCAAUGUGAACCAUUCUUGAGAGAUAUUAAGAAUCAUAAUAGAGAAUGGUGUGCAUCUACAUCAAUUACCUUUUAA